UAAUACAGGGAGCAAUGGAUGUCACCAAGCAGUCAAUGGCAUCGCUGGCACCGUGAUGCCAUGCAGGAAGAUAUGGGUUCAAAGUGGGAUUGUCACUCCCUGAAUGUACAGAAAGCAUUCUGAUUCCUCACCCAUGGCCAGAUCAAGGGGUCACCUGAUGUGCUGACGUCAUGGGUAGCUGCUGCAGCUGCCGAGACGGACUCCCAGAUAAUCAUCCCACUAAGUUCAAGGUCACCAACGUUGAUGAUGAGGGGACAGAACUGGGUUCAGGAAUCAUGGAAUUAACACAGACUGAGCUUGUCCUACACACCCGGAAGCGUGAUGCUGUGAGAUGGCCAUACCUCUGCCUGCGCCGUUAUGGCUACGAUUCUAAUCUCUUCUCCUUUGAAAGUGGUCGGCGAUGCCAGACUGGUCAGGGAAUAUUUGCAUUUAAAUGCUCAAGAGCAGAAGAAAUCUUCAACUUGCUGCAGGAGCUGAUGCAACGGAACAGUAUAAGCGUAGUGGAAGAGCCAGUUAUAAUCACCAGGUCUGGUCACCCAGGAGAGAUGGAUCUACAGCGUACCCAACAGGCUCCUGGAGCUCUGGGAUACACAGGAUUUCCCAAUGGGUUUCACAACUUUCCGCGGGAGGGUCCGUCAUUCCCUUCCUCCCGUCAUCCCACAAUGGGAAAUCUGAGGCACCCUUCUGUUGGUGAGGAUUCCACACUUGGCCUUAUGACCCCAGAGGAUCAGUCUCACACCUAUGUGAAUACAGCUAGUGGAGAAGAGGAAAUAGGAGGACGGCACUGCAUGCACUCUUUACCUGAGGCUCAUGCAACCUACCAUGACCCACCAAGGCAUAUGCUGGGCCCAGGAUGCUCAAUGGAAGAGCGAAAUCCCCAGGUUUUUCUUCAGCCUGGGGAGGUGAAAUUUGUUUUGGGUCCAGCUCCUGCCUAUAGACGAAUGCCUAUGAGAGCAGAUGGAUUCUGCCGACACCACAGAGACUGCCAGGGCCAUGUCUGUGGUGGCGAGAGGGAUCCCUUGCCACCACACAAUAAUAACAAUGAGUGCAAGGAUCAGUGGAGCACACACAAGUGUGCCUACGAGAACAUAAAUGGUUUAGUGCCAUCAGGAAACAUCGCUCUGCAUAGGGGGACUGCCAGCAGGGGUCUAAAACUGUCUUCAGAAGGGCUGCCUUACAACAGCUGUUCACACCGCAGAACAGCAAUGCUUCACUAUGAAAACCUGCCCUCCCUGCCUCCUGUGUGGGAAUGCCAGUCAUUACAGCAUGAAGAUGAAGAGGAUGAAGAUGAAGAAGAGGAGGAUUCUGCUGAGGCCAUGACCCCAUCUCUUAAUGGCUACCACGAUGACCCUUUACAAAACUACAUGAAUGCAGAAAGUGCCACAGCAUGUGGUGGGUACCACCACCAUCGACCAGACUGCCAUACCCGACGAAGCUGUCCGCCCAGUGUAUUCAGCUUUGAUUUCAGGCGGCCACGUGCAGAACAGAGGCAACUCAACUACAUCCAAGUGGAGCUUGAGGGGAAGAGUGAAGGUAAGGGGAGGCAGAUCCCUCAAAUAACCUGCACCCCAGCUCCAAAUCACCCAAGCCGACGUGCAGACUCUUAUGCUGUUAUUGACCUCAAAAAGACAGCUGCUAUGUCUAGCCUCCAGAGAGCUAUGCCUCGAGAUGACGGAACAUCAAGAAAAACCCGGCACAAUAGCACGGACCUGCCCCUGUAAAUGCGGACUGUGACUCCUCUUUGUCUUUAUCCCUGAUCUUUUUCAAAAGCCAUCUCAGCGGCUCCUCCUGGCUUUUUUUUCUCUGUGCCCUUUUAUGUGACUAAACCCUGGUCUCUUUUUCAUCACACCAAGUUCCUGUUGUGUAAUGUUCCCAGUGGAGCAAACUUUCCCACACUCUAAAGAAUGUGCAAAUUAACUUUUCGGGAGGGAGAAAAAAAGGAGCAGGAUUUGAGACAGCCACAGUAAACAUGGUGCUUCUUAUGUGCAUCAAGGGCUGGCCAGACACAGGACUGAGGGCCACAGCCAUGACCGCAUCCUGCUGAAAAUGCUAU